AUGUCGCUCAAGAUCAAUGGCUUUGAUGUUGACGUAACCCCAGUCAUAGCACCAGGGGCUAAAGAAGCAGGCCCCUAUGACCCCCUAAAGCCUUCGGUGACAGUCCUACCCAAGGGCCACAAGAGGACCCCAGCAAACAAAGCUUUCGAGGUCGACACGAUCUUUGAGAAGGAUAUUGUUCUUCCCAUGCGAGACGGCAUCAAGCUGUAUGCUGAUGUGUUUCGACCCAAGUCUGAUGAAAAGGUUCCAGCCGUUCUCAUCUGGAGUCCAUAUGGCAAGACUGGAAAUGGCCCCCAUGGUCUCGGCAUGAUUCCUGGUCGAUUUGGUGUGGCUGAAGAUCAAGUCAGCGGUUAUGAGAAGUUUGAGGGACUGGACCCAGCUGUCUGGCCAGCCAGGGGAUAUGCUAUUGUGAAUGUAGACUUGCGAGGCUCUUGGGACUCUGAAGGAAUCAUUCCAUGGGUCGGCAAUCAAGAUGGCCAAGACGGAUAUGAUGCCAUCGAGCACGUUGCAAAGCUGGACUGGUGCACAGGUAAGGUCGCACUAGGCGGCAACAGUUGGCUCGCCAUGGUUCAGUGGCAGAUUGCUUCUCAGCAGCCUCCGUCACUCGCUGCUAUUGCUCCGUGGGAAGCCAAUGCGGACUUUUAUCGUGAUACUCUUGCCCGCGGUGGCGUGCCGUAUCCCUACAGUGCGAUGUGGAAGCUCCUCCAGGAUCUAAUGGUCGGUCGCAAUGCUGCUGAGGCUCCGAUCUCUAUGCUGGAGAAGUAUCCCCUGUUCAACGACUACUGGGAGGACAAGAAUGUGAAGCUCGAGAAAAUCCAUGUUCCAACCUACGUUUUGGCCAGCUUCUCAACGGCACUUCAUACUACCGGCUCUAUUCGUGGAUAUCAUGACAUAUCCUCCAAGGACAAAUGGCUCCGCAUUCAUGCUAAGCAAGAAUGGUCCGACUUGUAUCAUCCCGACAGUGUUGAUGAUUUGAACAAGUUCUACGACUACUUCGUCAAAAGAAUCAAGAAUGAUUGGCCAAGUACCCAGAAAGUUCGAGGAUCUCUGGUUGGCUUCAACCUACCCAACAUCAGCAAUGUCCCCCUGGAAUCAUAUCCCAUCCCUAACACAAAGCACACAAAGCUUUACCUGGGUCCAGGCGAGAAGCUUGAAACGACCCCUCUCAAAGAUUCACAUACCGUGUCUUACGAUGCGGCAUAUCUUCCGAAGCACCCUCUUGAAGGUGGUGAGGAGUUGCUAUUUAGGUACAGGUUUACCAAGAAGACGUGGCUUAUUGGCUAUUCAUGGCUCAACAUCAGCAUCUCCAACGAUGGCGAUGAUGAUAUUGACGUCUUUGCUCAACUUGGUAAGCAGGACGCUUCAGGAACUCAGUUGGUCAACAUGAACGUGCCUUUGAAGGACCUUAUUCCUCCUGUCGAGAAGCACACAGAUGCGGCAGACACCUGUUUCCUCAAGUACCUGGGUCCAACAGGCUCUCUGCGAGGUAGCCAUGCUGUGACAAAGGUGACGCCUAAGCUUGGAAGGUUUACGGGCGAGUGGCCUGAAUACACCAACACGAGUCGCAAAGCAAUUCCUGCUGGCACUGUUGCUAAGCUUGAGGUUCCCAUCUGGCCAACUGGAAUCAUAUAUGAAGAGGGAGAGUAUCUGACAUUGAAGGUGUCGGGCCACUACAUGAGUUUCAUGGAAUUUGACUUCUUGUACGGAGCUGCUCAUGCAAACAAAGGUCGUCACACUAUUCAUGUAGGGGCCGACUCUGACAGUCAUCUGGUGGUUCCUCUACUGGACCCUCUGGCUUGA